AUGACUCAUCCUAAUCUCCCUAGUCGCUCUCGUCGUGUUGAUCCUUCGUCUCAAAUACCUCUCUCUCCGAUUUCAGAGGUAUCCUCCAAUUCUCUCUAUAUUGAUUAUGUUCAAAUUCCUUCCGCUUCUGCUCCUGGAGACCUCAACUAUAACAAUGUUCUUCAGAGCACUCCUAUCUCUCCUGAACAUCCUCCUCUAGAAUUUGACCAAAUUUUCAUUCGACGUUCUCGAAAACGCAAUGCCGUCUUAUUAGAACAUGGUCUUCCUUCUGCUCCUUCUAUUCCUUCUGCUCCUUCCGUUCCUUCUGCUCCUUCCGUUCCUUCAGUUCCUUCUGCUCCUUCCGUUCCUUCCUCUCCUUCCGUUCCUUCCGUUCCUUCUGCUUCAUCUCCUGCUAAAAGAAGACGUAAUGAGGCCUUGAUUGGGAAUCGCAAUGCUAUCUUUGUGGAAGACGGACUUCCUUCAGUUGUUCGUGGUACAUCUCCCACUCGACGAAGACGUAAUGCGGUGAUCUUUGAGAACGGUUACAUUCCUACUCAUCAUCAACAUUUCAUUCAAAACACUCCAAGUUCUCAACCCAAAGACUCUGAUUUCUCUGCUUCUCAAAUCGCUCAAGCUUUACUAAAAUUUAGAGAUCAAGAGCUGGCCCUUGCUGAUGAAAGUUCCGAAUGGGACUUGAGUGCUUUUCAUUCUGAUGAAGACGUUGAUCUGGGUACUAAAUCUGGAGUUGAGGCGUAG